AUUCGAGCCACUUUCCGAUCCCUUUUAGCUCAUACUCAACUGGAAUACGGUCUUCUUCCGCAAAUCCUUACUCCGAUCGCCUCCUAGCCACCCCGUUACUUGUCACCUUCCGUCGAUUCCCAACCUUGCGGUGUCUCGCAUCAGUUCACCAUGGCGGACAGCGAGUUCUCUCCCAAGUUCGCUCCAUUCUUCUCCUUUGCAGGAAUUGCAUCGGCUAUGAUUUUCGGAUCAUUGGGAGCAGCAUAUGGAACAGCCAAAUCUGGAAUCGGUAUCGCCGGUGUGGGAACCUUCCGUCCUGAUUUGAUUAUGAAGUCUUUGAUCCCCGUCGUCAUGUCCGGUAUCAUCGCCGUCUAUGGCCUCGUCAUCGCCGUCCUUAUCGCCGGUGAUAUGGACCCUCCCCCGACCCGGAACAUGAGUCUCUACACUGGAUUCAUGCACUUGGCUUCUGGAUUAUCGGUUGGCCUCGCAGGCGUGGCUGCCGGAUACACUAUUGGAAUUGUGGGAGAUGCGGGCGUGCGUGCGUACAUGCAACAAUCGAGGGUUUAUGUCGGCAUGAUUCUGAUCCUCAUUUUCGGCGAGGUUCUUGGUCUUUAUGGUUUGAUCGUUGGUCUUAUCCUCAACUCGAAGAGCUCCGGUUAGAGGAGUUCGGCUGGUCGUGAUCCCAUUUCUCUGUUUCCGCACUUGUUGACCGUUUCCGCUCGGGUCAACCCCCUCCAACCUUAAAUACGCCUCAUGAACUCGAGUAGGACGCACUCUGGCGGUUUUACCAGACCGAAGCUUGAACCCGAAUGCGUUAGAUUUCACAUGCACCCAUGAUAUUCAUAGUCAGUGGUGGCCUCAGAUGGUGGCCUUGGGAGUGUGUGGCUUUGAUGUACUAGUACUUGGUUUAGAUGUCUAAACAGCAAGCAUGCCAUCCUCAAGAUUAUUUCUAGUCGACUGUAUUAAAGGUU